AAAGAAAUGGCUGAUUUGGAUUUACAGACGAGGAAGCUCCACCUCACCAUUCCUCAUGAGCCUUGUAAGCUCUCCUCCUUCGUCCCCUCUCCAAUCUCCUCCUCUUCCUCCGCCGCUUGCUCUGCCUACGAGCUUUACCUCCGUUUGCCUGAACUCAGAUGCCUCUGGUCCUCUCUCUAUUUCCCUCGCUGGAUCUCCGAGCCGGUUCUCAAACCAUCUCUUCAAGCUCUUGAGAUCACUUUCCGUUUGAUCCUCACCGUUUCUUCUGACACUCGUCCUUACAUCAACCGCCGCGAAUGGAUCCGACGCUUGGAUUCCCUUUCCACGAGCCAGAUCAAAAUCGUUGCUGCUAUCUGCGAGAACGACGACGGCGACGAGACCUUGUCCGCUGCUCCGGUCAGCAAUGGCUGGAGCUCGUUGAGUUUGCUCUCCGAGAUCGCCACGUCUCGUACAUCGGAGAGCCUAGGCCAGAAGAUCUUGGUUACGAUCGAGAAUGAGAUGCGUUGGUGUAAGUAUACGCUCGGUUUAGGAGAACCAAACCUCGCAGGAAAACCGUAUCUUCAAUACGACGCCAUUUGCCGCCCGGAGGAGCUACACAGCCUCAAGAACAAUCCUUACUCCGACCACAUCGAGAACCAAGAGAAUCAAAUGCUCUACACUAUCCAUCAGAUUCUUGAAUCGUGGGUUUACGUUUCUGUGAAUCUCUUGAACCGAAUCGAGUCGAGGAUCGAAGAGGGGAAGUUCGAAAAAGCUUCUUCCGACAUGUACUUGCUGGAGAGAAUCUGGAAGCUUUUAACUGAGAUCGAAGAUUUACACAUUCUGAUGGAUCCUGAAGAUUUCUUGAAGGUGAAGAAACAGUUACAUGUCAAAUCCACUUCUCAAAACGACGCGUUUUGUUUCUGGUCAAAGGGGUUAGUGAGGAUGGCUAAGAUGUCCAAAGAGCUGAGACACAAAGUGCCAGCUGUACUUGAAGUAGAGGUGGAUCCUACCGGAGGUCCAAGGUUGCAAGAGGCGGCAAUGAAGCUUUACUCGAGGAAGACAGAGUACGAGAAGAUACAUUUGCUUCAGGGAAUGCAGGCGGUGGAAUCUGCGGCCAAGAGAUUCUUUUUCGGGUACCAGAAGUUGGUGGCGACGAUGAUGGGGAGUGCAGAGGCUAAUGCUAAUAGGACAGCGGCCAAUCACGAGCCCUGUGACUCGCUGACUCAAGUGUUUAUGGAGCCACCAUAUUACCCGAGCCUAGACGCCGCAAAGACUUUUCUUGGAGAGUUCUGGAGCCAAUUGGGAUGCCAUAGAAGAAACUGACACAACGACUUAAGCAUUACUAU